GCCGCGGCCACGGCGCAUGGGCCCGCCUGACGUCACCGGGAAGCACCGUGACGUCACGGCGCGACCACCCCCGUCGCCCUGGGAACUCGGACGUGGGCUCGGGCCCCGCCCCCUCCCCGCGCCCCGCCCGCCCCCGCAGCGCCCCCUGGCGGCGAGGGAGAGCCAUGGCGGCGCCGCCCCCGCCGGGCCGGCCCCGGGAACCGGGAGCGGGAACCGGGAGCCAGGAGCCAGGAGUGCCGAGUCAGGAGGAGCCCCGCGCACAGCCCGCUGCGGGAUCGGGUUGAACACCGGGGGUCUGCGGGUCAUUCCCGGCAGCGGGGAAACACGGGGUGCCGGCGGAAUUCAAAGGAGGAACGAAGGGGAUGCCGGGCAUCCCUCGGCGCACAGCAGCGCUGCGGCUUUGGGGCAAUCCUCACCAACACGAGCCGUGCGGCAGCGACAGGCACGCUUCCAACACUGCCGUGUUCACCUGCUGGCUGUAACUCCGGUGAUAACGGAAAUAAUCGAUCCCCAGGAUCGAUACCACAUCCAUGUUUUUCCCACUGACAGCCCUUCAGGCCUUGGCUGCCCCAGCUGGUGCUGUGUUCACACAGGGCGCUCCAAGCUCGGGAAGGGUCGGGUCUGGCUCAGUAGACAUCGGGACCCCUUCUAAUCCUCGGGAGCACCACUGCUGUCCCCCAAAGCUGCUCCCCGCCUUCCGCCCAGGGCCAUCUCUCCCCAGAGUGGCCGGGUGUUCUCAUCCGAAGUACAACCUUGAGCUGUGUCUAAUCCCUGCCUGCCACACCCAGUGAAAUGCUGCUUACACGCAUGAAACACCUGCUAAAUCGGGUGGUUUAAACUGCUUUCCUGCUGAAAAGGUCUUAAUUAUAAAUUAACAAAUGGCAACUGUAUUUGAGUGUAUUGCAAAGAAAAGCUGAUGGACCAGAACAGCAGCAGGACUUCAGAGAAAGGCUGUUCUAACACAGCCUGAUCUAUUUAAUGCUAGCCAGCUAAAAUACGCUGGGUUGAAACCUGCAAGUGCAAGAUCCUUAUCUUUGUUUCACUUCAGUUGUGAACAUGCAACCGCACAACCUCUGAACGUACUGGUGCUGGUGAGAGAGCUGAGGCUACGCUUGCUAAGAGAGGAGCCCGAGGUUUCCUGAGACCGGAGCCCUGCAGUGCAGUCAACAAAAAGGCUACCUAAGUAUGUAAGAAUCAAAUGUACAGACUAAGGAGUUGGCCAAGUUUAGCAGUUUCUCUCUAACAGCCGCAUUAAUGAAGAGGAUAAUUAUCAGCAAUUCUUGCUGCACGGCAGGAGUGUGUAAUGGUAUUGAAAAAAUGCUUACAAGCUGUGGAAAAUAACACCCAUGCUGAGGACCAAACACUGGGACAAAUCUCUCUGAUCUCUGAAG